UGCGUGCAUUAGAAUCCGCUGCUUCUAUCUGCAGUAACAGGCAAGUUAGUCACCGACAAGCAUGCAGUACAUGCUUACAGUACAGAUAGGCAGAUAACUGCAGACCUGGUAAGAUACGAAGACGCCUGUUGUCAGUCUGCGCUCGCCUUACUGCUGUACAACUCUAAUCCAGUUCUUUGGUUAUAUAUACGUUUAGAACCUAUAUAGUUUAACUCGAGUUCAAAAGCAUGUAAUAUUAUAUCACUUUUCCAGAUCUUUCCGGUUUAAACAGGUGUAAAGCUUUGGAUGAACUAGGUAUUAAAAGAUCAGUUCGUUCGCUGAGGCAGAAGUGAUGUAUUUCGAUUCCGCCGUACGGUUUCUAUAGUAUUCGAGGCUUAUGUUUGACUAUAAAGUGGAAGCGAAUCGCAAGAGUAGCUUUUUUCGCCGAUAGUCCACGUGAUAUUUAGAUCGAUUUUCGCUUUCCUGGUACCUUGGAUCAACAAACAGUGCGACACAUACCAGGCACCACAUCCGUUUCGAAGUGGAAUUUCAAGCGUACGCUUAGGUGUAUAAGAAAGGGAAUUCUGAUCCUGCAGUGGUCUAAUAUAAGAUCAAGUAAACAGCGCGCGGAUAUUUGAAUUGGAUUCAGCCAUAAUUAAAUUACUGCGGCCAUUUGGACAUGGAUGUAAGGCGCUAUAUCACGGCCGGCAGCGGAAGGUCACCGUUUUGCAUGGCAGCCAUUUAGGCUAUAGUCCUGUUCAGAGCAAAAUUUAGGCAAGCGAUAUAUGACAAGUUUUCCUAUAGCUAAUUACAUUGAAUUACGUUUGUGUCCUUACAGCUCAGUGCUGGUUCUCAUUAGAAAGUUAGGGUUACUUGGCGGUGUGUUGUGCACGCCACAUGCAUCACUUGCAGUGCUUUCGCGAUUAAAACACAACCCGCAAACUUACUCAAAUGACUUCGAACAGCAGCGGCCACCUCGGCACAGCAGACGUAUCAUACUUGGAUUCCAUCAGACCAGGACUGAAGAAUGAUCCGCCGGCACCACAACGUGAAGUACCUUCGCUUGCCAGACCCAAGCAGCAAGACCGAUCUACUCUUAGAAACUGGAGGCAAGAGACGUCCGGAGACGGACGACCAGCCUUAUUUCCAAAUCAACCGUCAGCAGCGGUACAAGGACGGAUUACAAACGGCCACACGAGAACAACAGAGAGCGGAGGCGCGGACAAACUCGCGCAGGACUCAGGCGUAAGGAAUUCAGACUCGCUGCAGGCAAAGCCUGCGAACGGAAUACUCGCUUUAUCAAAAGCGUCCAGUACUGCACAGGUCAACGCUCCCGGACAGCCGGUAACAGGAGGAGUAAACUGGGCAGAAGUGCUAAAAGCAGCAAAGAACCAGAACAAGAAGAUGCACGGACCACGGAAAAGAAAGCAAGCGCAACAAGACACCGCAAAGGCAGAAACUUCGCUUCUGUGUUUGUCGCUAAAAAAUCCUUUCCGAAAAGCGUGUUUGAAAAUUGUGGAAUGGAGGCCUUUCGACGUUCUUAUCCUUCUUACAAUAUUCGCCAACUGUUGUGCCCUCGCUAUUUAUGUCCCGUUUCCAGGAGAGGACUCAAACGCCACGAACGAAAUCCUGGAAAAGGUGGAGUACGUAUUUCUUGCCAUUUUCACUGUGGAAUCUUUUAUGAAGAUCAUUGCGUUCGGAUUUGCAUUCCACCCGAACGCUUAUUUACGAAAUGGUUGGAAUAUCUUGGAUUUCAUCAUCGUUAUUGUUGGGUUAAUCAGCAUAGUAUUCGAGAUGGCGGACGUGGGAAGCACAGACAAAGUCCGUGCUCUUAGAGCUUUUCGAGUACUCCGGCCGCUCCGGCUCGUUUCCGGAGUACCAAGUUUGCAGGUGGUGUUGAACGCCAUUAUUAGAGCAAUGUUACCGCUCUUGCACAUCGCCCUACUAGUUAUGUUUGUAAUCAUCAUAUACGCCGUGGUAGGACUCGAGCUUUUUAAAGGCAAACUUCACAAAACUUGUUACUUCAACGAAACAGGCAUGACCGACGUAAUAGCAAACGAGGACCCACAGCCCUGUGCUGGCCCUAACGAGUGGGGUCGCCACUGCCCCGACGAUACCGUGUGCAAGGAGGGUUGGGAUGGUCCAGCAAAUGGCAUCAUCAACUUUGAUACGUUUUAUUUUUCGUUCAUCACUGUGUUUCAGUGCAUUACCAUGGAGGGUUGGACAGAAGUACUGUACUACACCAAUGAUGCAAUGGGAAGCCAUUUGCCGUGGAUGUAUUUUGUCUCCUUGAUCAUCGUUGGCUCGUUCUUCGUUAUGAACCUUAUUCUUGGUGUUUUAAGCGGGGAAUUCUCAAAGGAAAGGGAAAAAGCGAACGCUCGUGGUGAGUUCCAGAAGCUUCGCGAGAAGCAGCAGCUGGAUGAGGACGUGAGAGGAUACAUGGAGUGGAUCACACAAGCAGAGGACAUCGACCCUGUCAAUGAAGAUGACGACAUGGAUGAAAAACGCCAGGGCGACAAUGAAGACGGCUCGAGUGACGUCACAGCUGCGCAAGCCGACGACAGUUGGUGGCAAAAGCAGCGGAAGAAACUAUGCAAGACUUGCUACAGCCGACGAUGGAAGAGAUGGAAUCGCAAAACGAGAAGGAAGUGCCGCCUCAUGGUCAAGUCGCAGACGUUUUAUUGGCUUGUAAUCGUUCUUGUGUUUUUCAACACUCUCUCGUUAGCAACUGAACACUAUCAACAGCCCGACUGGCUUACAUCUGUGCAAGAAAUAUCAAACAAAGUUUUACUGGGAAUUUUCACGCUCGAGAUGUUACUGAAGAUGUACGCGCUUGGAAUGCAAGUCUACUUCGUAUCUCUGUUCAACCGUUUUGACUGUUUUGUGGUCUGCGGUGGCAUCGUGGAAAUGGUCCUAACCAGUGCCAAGGUUAUGGAACCGCUUGGAAUAUCCGUUCUGCGUUGUGUACGACUGUUGAGGAUAUUUAAAGUAACUAGAUACUGGAGCUCUCUCAGUAAUUUAGUCGCAUCCCUUCUAAACUCAAUCCGAUCGAUCGCUGGACUUCUCCUUUUGCUCUUCUUGUUCAUCGUCAUCUUCUCAUUGCUCGGGAUGCAGCUUUUCGGCGGGAGGUUUAACUCUAUUGCCGAAGGCGACCAGAAAAUCCGCUCAAACUUUGAUACGUUUCUACAAGCUCUUCUUACAGUGUUUCAGAUUCUCACAGGAGAGGAUUGGAACGUGGUCAUGUACUAUGGAAUUCGAGCGUACGGCGGCGCCAGUAGUAUUGGUCUCAUUACUUCUAUUUAUUUCAUCAUUUUAUUUGUGUGUGGAAACUAUAUUCUACUAAACGUCUUCUUGGCUAUUGCUGUUGAUAACUUGGCAGACGCUGAAAGCUUGAAUGUCGCGCAAAAAGAGAAGGAGGAAGAACAAAAAAGAAAGAAGACCAUGCGCCUUAAGAAGCUCAGAAACCUCUUCAAGAAAAAAGAGACAACAAGCGUAGAGACGGCUGAGGGUGCUGACGAAUACGGUGAUCGACAGAAGUAUGAUAAGAACGAAGAUGGCAUCCCUCUUCAAAAUAUCGCGGAAUCCUCGCUGCAAACGGAUGAAAUAGAUCACGAGAUCAGAAUUGAAGUGACGGAAGCCUCCGAAACCAACUCCGAUCGCCACCUACCGGAAGACGGAGGAAGUGAUUCAGAACCGGAAGUUCCUAUCGGUCCCCGCCCUCGCAGAAUGUCGGAACUUAAUUUAAAAGAAACAAAGUCACCUAUGCCACAAGCGACUUCUUUCUUUAUUUUUACCCCAACUAAUCCGUUCCGGAAGUGGUGUCACUUUAUCGCCAACAACAACAUAUUCAACAACGGUAUUUUCGUGUGUAUUAUGCUAAGCAGCGUGGCGCUUGCAUGCGAAGAUCCAAUUGACUCUAAAUCCGAGCUGAACGAAGUCCUCAAAUACUUCGAUUACGUGUUCACUGGGAUUUUCACGGUGGAGAUAAUUUUGAAAAUGGUUGCAUACGGCGUCAUUCUGCAUAAAGGAUCGUUCUGUCGAAAUUCGUUUAAUUUAUUGGACCUGCUGGUUGUGGGCGUUUCCCUUAUAUCAAUAUUUGGAAAUUCUGACGGAUUCUCUGUGGUCAAAAUCCUUCGUGUUCUUCGAGUUUUAAGGCCGCUGCGAGCGAUCAACAGAGCUAAAGGCUUGAAGCAUGUAGUACAGUGUGUCAUCGUCGCUAUAAGUACGAUUGGUAACAUCUUCAUCAUAACGACGCUACUGCAGUUUAUGUUCGCAUGCAUCGGCGUCCAGUUGUUUAAAGGAAGACUUUACGGUUGCACGGACGAGUCCAAGUCCACACGCGAGGAAUGCAAGGGCGACUUUUACGCAAUACCACAGGAUGGGUUCGGCCAACCGCAUAUCAAGAAGAGAGAAUGGGUGAAUAACGACUUUAAUUAUGACAACGUGUUAAAUGCGAUGCUGACGUUGUUCGUCGUAGCAACUUUCGAAGGGUGGCCAGCGCUUCUGUACAAAUCAAUUGACUCAUGGAAGGAGGGUGUUGGUCCAAAAUAUGAUGCUCGACCCGCAGUUGCCCUCUUCUAUUUCAUUUACAUCAUCGUGAUUGCCUUCUUUAUGAUGAACAUUUUUGUUGGUUUUGUUAUUGUCACCUUUCAAGAGCAAGGAGAGCAGGAGUAUAGGAAUUGUGAGCUUGAUAAGAACCAGAGACAAUGUGUGGAGUAUGCAUUAAAAGCAAAACCAACUCGGAGAUACAUACCAAAGAAUCCAUGGCAGUACAAAGCCUGGUUCGUUGUCAAUUCAACUUACUUCGAGUACUUCAUGCUUGUAUUGAUUUUGCUCAAUACAGUGUGCCUUGCAAUCCAGCAUUACCAACAAGAUGCUGGUCUAACAAGAAUCCUCAACCACAUGAAUCUUGUGUUUACCACACUGUUCACCAUUGAAAUGAUAUUCAAACUGAUCGCCUUCAAACCCAGGGGUUACAUUAGCGAUCCAUGGAACAUUUUCGACUUUCUUGUAGUAAUAGGCAGUAUUGUAGACAUUUUACUGUCAAAAAUAGACACAGGAGGAGACAAGUCCUUCAGUAUCAAUUUCUUUCGUCUCUUCCGUGUAAUGCGAUUGGUGAAGCUUUUAAGCAGAGGAGAAGGCAUUCGGACACUUCUCUGGACUUUUAUUAAAUCUUUUCAGGCUCUUCCAUAUGUUGCACUACUGAUCGUUCUUCUGUUUUUCAUUUAUGCUGUGAUUGGAAUGCAAGUCUUUGGGAAAGUAAAGCCAAUAGACGGAGAACAAAUUAAUCGGAAUAAUAACUUUCAAACUUUCAUUCAAUCAGUUCUGCUGCUCUUUAGAUGCGCCACAGGUGAAUCCUGGCAGGAGGUGAUGCUGGCAGCUGCCAGUGGUAAGGAGUGUGAUGACAGAUCAGAUUGGAACAGUACUGGGCUGGCCUCACCUGAGGAUAAGUUUGCCUGCGGCAGUGAUUUCUCUUACACAUACUUCCUCACAUUCUACAUGCUCUGUGCCUUUUUGAUCAUCAAUUUAUUCGUUGCUGUCAUUAUGGACAACUUUGACUAUCUGACACGUGAUUGGUCUAUUCUUGGACCGCAUCACCUAGAUGAGUUUAAGACAGUGUGGUCAGAGUAUGACCCUGAGGCAAAAGGUCGUAUAAAACAUCUGAAUGUGGUAAAGCUACUUCGGAGGAUUCAACCUCCUCUUGGAUUUGGGAAGUUGUGUCCGCAGAGGAUGGCUUGUAGGAAACUGGUGACAAUGAAUAUGCCACUGAACAGUGAUGGAACUGUCAUGUUCAAUGCUACACUAUUUGCAUUAAUUAGAACAUCACUAAAUAUUAAAACUGAAGGAAACAUUGACCAGGCAAAUGAAGAACUUCGAGCUGUCAUUAAAAAAAUAUGGAAGCGAACAUCUAUCAAGUUGCUUGAUCAGAUAGCGCCUCCUGCUGGAAAUGAUGAUAUCACAGUGGGCAAGUUCUAUGCUACGUACCUCAUUCAAGAUUACUUCCGAAAAUUCCGAGAAAGAAAAGCUGCAGCAAAGCUUGCUAAUGACAAAAGUAAAGGUUUAUCAGGAGCAAACAUGCAAAAUCAUAAAGAUGUGUUCAGUUUGCAGGCUGGACUACGGGCACUGCAGGAUGCAGGACCAGAGAUAAAGAGAGCAAUAUCAGGCGGUAUUGCACAUGACGAACCUUACGCUUCAAAUGAUGAAAAUGAACCAGAACACAGGAGAAGACACAGUUUGUUUGGAAUGUUAAGAAGGAACAGUGCAACAACACCCACUGCAUCAAAACGUCCGCUCCAAGUUGAAAGUGAUGACCACAAGAAGAGAUAUAGUGGAAGGUUUCUGACAUCUCAGAGUCCAAUGUUGAAUCGCCUGACACCAAAAUCGCGAUCCAUACAUGACAUUGUGAUGGCUGCACGUGCCCAGCAUUCUGGUCAGAGUGGAGAUGAAACUACGAGCAGCAUUGCCAGCCCUACAGACGAGUCACUUGGGAGGAAUGACUACCACAGCCGCUCUGCUGUCACGCAUGGAGAGAACUCAAAUGUUAACAACUCCUCCUCAAACUAUAGUUUCUCAAGUUAUGCAACUGAUGAUGAACUCAACUCUGUGGGAGGUUAUUAUGAUGAGCAUGCUCCUCUGCAUCCUGCUGCUCGAUCCGAGAGGAAAUACAAUGACCACCAAAGGUACCCAAGCUAUGCAAAGCGAUGGGACAGGUCGGUGUAUCGUUGCGAUGAUGACAGCAGAACUGUGCUCUACCCACUCCUACCUGUGCACUCACGGGAUGAGGAAAGUGAAUAUGAGACAGAUCAUACAACAUAUGCAGCAGCACCUUACCGCUGUAAUGAUGAGACCUGCUCUGUGGAUUUUGAAAAGAGAUCAAACUACCAAGCUCAGAAUGGUGCUGUGUCAAAUCGGACAAACCGUAGUUUGCCUAAUGUUCCUUUGAGGACUUCCAUUGAUCGUCCUGUAGCUUUGAAUCCACAUGACCACCACCAUCACAGGGAAAGUGUAAACAAUCACACUAACAGUAAUGAUAGUGGACCGAUGCAUUCACGGUACACAAUCACCACUCCAAAGCUGAGAAUUAUGGAUUCAGACUACGUUCCGACUAUCGAUCGCUUUGUUCCUCGCAGCCGACAAUCAAAGUCUAAACCACAUCGCAGACUCUUGCCAAUCCCACCACUUCAACAUGCACGGUCGGGCACCAUACCUUCUCUUCAUUUAUCAAAUCAGGAAGCAUGGAGAACGCCACCAAGUUCUCCAAGACAAGCAUUGUCAGUUCGGUCCAAUUUAAAUUCUCCGAUUGGAUCCUCAGAUGAAGGAGGAUGGGCAACUCCAGCUCAACGGUGGACGAGUGAAAGCAAUAUGGAUACUUUUGGUAGAGGCAACCAUAUUAAUUACCACGAUUCUCGAAGACAGAGUGGUAAUGAUUUAAUUGAAAAGGUUUUACUGGACGGUGGUCUUCCAGUUCUUGCUCAGGAUAAAAACUUUGUGCAAACUAUUUCUAAAGAACUUGCAGAUGCUUGUGAACUCAGUUUACCUGAACUACAUUCUGCAGCAACCAAUAUAAUUAACUCUGAUCAUUCUUUGUAUGGAAGUGAUGAGUCUUUAUGCGGAGACGUGUCACCAGACAACCAUAUUGAUGAUGAUGUGACAAGUUUAGAAGAAGGCAGAGUCUGCUUUCGGCGCAGGUCUAAAACUCGGAAGGAUGAACAUGGACUUGAGGAUGAAAUUAUAGUUGUCCCAAACAUAACCAGCUAACAUCUGGCAUCCCACUGGCGCCUUUACCAUUUUUUGAUGCAUUCAGGCAUCAGGCUCAAUGUGAGCAAAGUCACUUGCAUUCAAGCGGAGGUGAAUUGCAUUUGUGACACUCCGGCAGCAUCUAGCCGCCGUGUUUAAAACGUUUUUGUUCUUUGUUGACUUAGGCACUCGAAGUGCCCUGUUUAGCUUAAUGAUUGUGUCACCUGUUUGUCUGCUUUGUGUGUUCCACAGUUGCUGCCCUUGCACAUUUAACAGCAGAGAUUUCUUUCUUUAGCUCAUAUCAGCGAGCAGUGUAAAUGCAGACACUUACCGCAGAGCUCUGCUCUUGACAUGAUUACCUAUUGUUAAAUGCUCGACUAAUGUGUUGCUCAAACUUUGUUUGUUUUCCACCAUUUUUACUGAUCUGCCCUUUUCACUCUUUGGCCGGCAAAAAAAAUUAAAUUAAAAAUUUCAACCAUCAUUUAAACUAAUGUAGCAGCUCCUUCAGUACAAAGUCACCUGAUUAGGGGCAUAGUAUUUAUAAAACUGUUUUAAGUUUCAUUUUGCCUUUACAUAAUGCGUUUGUUCUUUUUAUUCAUCCUUUUACUUCGUAUCUGGCUUCUUCUGUUCAGUCCCUAUGCCGGUCAAGAUAUAUUUUACGGAAUGUUUAAAUUUGAAACAAGAUAAAAUUAAGUGAAAAAAGAA